AUGUCUUUCCAACUCAUCAACCAAGCUCGUCGUGCUCAUGGCCCUCUGACCCAGCGGUUGGUGGCACCAGCCAGGGCAUUUGGCACCUUCAGGACGCCGCCCAUCCGCAAUGAACCCAACCCAUCCUACGAGAAAGGAAGUAAGGAACGUCAGGAGUUGCAGAAGGCUUUGCAGUCGCUCAAGCAGAAACUGCCAGUUAAGCUGCCACUGGAGAUUUCUGGUCAGAAUGUCAAGCACAGUGCAACAGCCCGUCAGACGAUGCCGUCUUCUCAUCAGACAGUGCUGGCCGAGUAUCCCCUGACAACAUCGGAGCAGGUCGCGGAAGCUAUCGAGUCUGCCCUCGAGGCUAAGAAGAAGUGGCAAGACAUGUCCUUCAACGAUCGCGCUGCCGUCUUCCUGAGGGCUGCCGAACUCAUUGCGACUAAGUACCGCUAUGAGAUAAUGGCUGCGACCAUGCUGGGACAGGGAAAGAAUAUCUGGCAGGCAGAGAUUGACUCCGCUGCUGAGAGCUGUGAUUUUCUCAGGUUUAAUGUGCACUACGCCGCUGAGCUGCUGAAGCAACAAAACACCAUGAACGACGUCGGUGUUUGGAACCGAACGGAAUAUCGUCCUUUGGAAGGAUUCGUCUACGCCAUCAGCCCCUUCAACUUCACGGCCAUUGGAGCAAACCUGACAGUGGCUCCGGCAAUCAUGGGCAACGUGGUCAUCUGGAAGCCCUCCGACUCGGCCAUCUAUUCUAGCUGGCUGCUCCAAAAGAUCUUGCAAGAAGCUGGUCUCCCCAAGGGUGUCAUCCAAUUCCUGCCUGGUAACCCAGAGACGGUCACGGAUGCCGUGUUGAAGCAUCCCGACUUUGCCGCCCUGCAUUUUACGGGCUCAACCGAUGUCUUCCGCUCCUUGUAUGGAAAGAUCGCGGAGGGAGUUGCCUCGGGUGCGUAUGUGAGCUACCCACGCAUCAUUGGAGAGACAGGCGGCAAGAAUUUCCAUCUGGUCCAUGGAAGCGCGGAUAUCCGCAAUGCUGUCGUCAACACUAUCCGUGGCGCCUUUGAGUAUCAAGGCCAGAAGUGCUCCGCCACGUCGCGUCUCUACGUCGCCGAGUCGGUAUGGCCCGAAUUCAAGAAGGAGUUGAUCGCCGAGACGGAAAAGAUCCAGGUUGGAUCGCCAGAGGACUUUAGCAACUUUGUCGGCCCCGUUAUUCAUCAGCGAUCUUGGGAGAAGCUUGACUCUGUAAUCUCCAAGGCCAAGGCAGACAAGGAAGUCACCAUUCUCACAGGAGGGCACACGGACAAAUCCGAGGGAUGGUACAUUCAGCCUACCAUCUUCCAAACGACUAACCCGCACCAUGAGAUGCUCAAGACGGAAUUCUUUGGACCUUUGCUGACGGUUUAUGUCUACCCGGAUGCCGAGUACGAGCAGACCUUGUCUCUGAUUGACAAGUCCACCAAGUUUGCUCUCACGGGAGCCGUCUUUGCUCGUGAUCAAGACGCCAUCAAGGCUGCUGAGGAGGGUCUUCGCCAGUCUGCUGGAAACUUUUACAUCAACAGCAAGAGCAGUGGCGCGGUAGUUGGCCAUCAGCCUUUUGGAGGGUCCCGGGCCAGCGGAACCAACGACAAGGCUACGAGCACAAACUUGAUCUCUCGCUUCACUAGCAUCCGAAGCAUGAAGGAGGAUCUUGUCGGGGCGUACGAAGUUGAGUACCCUUCCAACAAGGUGUAG